AUGUCCGUUCUCCCCUCGCGGCCACCAGUCGCUCCGCCCCUCUCCUCGUCUCUACCAUCUGGGGGCUCAGGCCCUCUCACACCGUCCAGCGAUCAGAUCGUUGUUCUAUAUGUUAUAGUCGCAAUGGCAGUGGUUAUCUUUGGCUUCUGGAACGUGCCCGUCGUCCGCAACCUCAUCAACCCCCUCAAGCUUUUCACCAUUGGCUGGCAUGAGCUCUGUCACAUAUCCGCAGCCAUCAUGUCCGGUGGUCGAAUACUCAAGAUCACGAUAGACCCGCAUGUCGGUGGUGCAACAAUAGUGGAGGGAGGCAGUCCCGGGUUUGUGCUUUCCUCAGGGUACAUCGGGUCUACACUGCUCGGCGGAGUGUUUGUAUUAGCUGGUUGGGAUACCUUGGUCGCAAAAGUCAUGAGCUUUGUCCUUGGUGUUGGGCUCGUUCUCCCGUUAGUCCUUGUCCGGGAUAAAUUGCCUGCUCAUUGGCUUUUGGUUUGUCGAUCAUGCCCAGGCUCUCCGGUGGUACUGCCUAUUCAUUGGGGUCAUGAAGUGCGCACCUUCAAUUCUUUGAACCAUUAUUCUUAUUUAUACAUCCUACUUCUUCUUCCCAGACCAACGCUUCGAAUAGGGGACGUUGCAGAUGAUCGAUUCUUUCACAAAUCCAACGACUCGGAUGCUACCCAGUUCUCUCUUCUUUAUCCAAGGAUAGGCGCUCAUACACAUUAUCUCGCCAUGGCAGUUUGGGCAACCUUUUGGAUAAUCUUCCAGUUAGGUUUCUUGGCUGGAUUCGCAAUUUUGGGGAUCUUCGCUUUCAAAUCUAUUGUUGGUGUUGAGGAACUUGAGUAG